AUGCAAAGAAGGGAAAGUCUAAUUUUCAACACCAUAAUUGCUGUAUUCUUAACAUUUUUAGCUUUCCCACAAAUUACAUUUUGCUUUAGAAUCUCUUCUACCUUCCAAUCUUACCCGCAUAGUUACGGUGACAAGUUUAAUUUGUUUAGCAAACUUACUGCCAAGGACAGUGUAGAGCUGUCCCAUUUAAACUCGCGCAAAGUGUUCCUUACGGGACAAGUUGAUGAUGAGUUAGCACACAAGAUCACCACGCAAUUGAUACAUUUACACAAUUUGAAUUCGAGUGAACCAAUUAAGUUAUACAUUAAUUCUCCGGGCGGAUCAGUCACAGCUGGAUUGGCCAUCUACGAUAUAAUUAGGGAAAUAGGAUUGGUUGAAACACUUUGCCUGGGUCAGGCAGCUAGCAUGGGCGCAUUUUUACUAGCAGCUGGAGUCAAAGGCAGAAGGAGCGCGUACCCUAGUGCUCGUAUUAUGAUACACCAACCAAUAGGCGGAGCUCACGGUCAAGCUACGGACAUAGAAAUUCAAGCAAACGAGAUUCUUAACACUAGACAAUUUUUGAGCAGGCAUCUAUCAUAUCUAACCGGUAAAUCACUCGCAGAGAUUGAAUCGGAUUGCGAUCGGGAUUAUUUUAUGAACCCUACAGAAGCUUUAAAGUACGGCAUCAUUGAUAAAAUAAUCAGCACCGAUACCAGUAGCAUUUUAAUUGAUUCAAAUAAUUACUUGAUGCCAUGA